CAAGGUUCAGAUAUCAACACUACGCGCCAGAGAUCGCACGGGAAAUAUUCUAACCGGUGGAAAAUUGUCACGGUUUUAUGUUACAUUUCCCCAAAAUACGAAUUAUUAGGCUGCAAAGAAAUGAAAGGGUUGCAAGUGCAUUGUCUUUACUUUCUUGUGUUAAAUGCAAUAUUUUAUGUGGCGUCUUUGGAAGAGGGUGACUCCAUUUCUACACUUGAUAAUUUCAUGGACAACUUCAAGGACUUGAUCCGAAACAACGAUGCCACCCCUCAUGGCUACGCCAAAUUCUCUCUCCGGAAGCCUUUGAUGCCAGAAGAUGACAUCUGCUACAUCAUCCCCGGCAACACGGAAUCUCUCAAAGAAUGCACUUUCAACAGCACAUCCAAAACCUUCCUGGUGAUCCACGGCUGGACAGUGAGCGGCUUGUUUGAGAGCUGGGUGGCCAAGCUGGUUUCGGCGCUGUACAAAAGAGAGCAGGAAGCCAAUGUGAUCGUGGUGGACUGGCUGUACACAGCCCAGAACCACUAUCCAGUAGCUGCCCAGAACACCAAGAUGGUGGGACAAGAGAUCGCUCGCUUCAUUGACUGGCUGGAGGAGGCAACAAACAUCCCUCUUGAAAACCUCCAUCUCAUUGGCUACAGUCUGGGUGCUCAUGUUGCAGGAUUUGCUGGGAGCCACGCCUCCAAUAAAGUGGGCAGAAUAACUGGUCUUGACCCAGCUGGUCCAGACUUCGAGGGGGAGCACGCUCACCGCCGCCUGUCCCCAGAUGAUGCCCACUUUGUGGAUGUUCUCCACACGUUCACGCGGGGCUCUCUGGGCUUAAGCAUCGGCAUCCAGCAGCCUGUAGGCCAUGUGGACAUCUACCCCAAUGGAGGCAGCUUCCAGCCAGGCUGCAAUCUGCAAAGCCCUCUGGAAACAAUAUCCAAACUUGGCCUCUUUGCCAUCAAUGAUGUUCCCAGGUGUUCCCACGAGCGCUCCAUCCACCUGUUCAUCGACUCCCUGGUCAACGAGCAGGAGGCCAGCAUGGCGUACCGCUGCGGGAGCAAUGAUAUGUUCGACCGCGGAAUGUGCCUCCGCUGCUGCAAGAACCACUGUAACACCGUGGGCUACGAUAUCAGCAAGGUUCGCAAGACCCGUAGCGUCAAACUGUACACCAAGACCAGGGCCUCCAUGCCGUUCAGAGUCUAUCACUACCAGGUGAAGAUCCACUUCUUCAGCAAGGUGAACAGGUCUGAGAUGGAGCCUUCACUGUCAGUCUCCCUGAUUGGAACCAAAGGAGAGGUUGAAGACCUCAAACUGACACUAAAGGAGAAGAUGACAUCCAAUAAGACCCAUUCCUUCCUGCUGGUAGCAGAGAAAGACAUUGGUGACCUCCUGAUGGUGAAGUUCAAGUGGGAGGAGUCUACUAGCUGGUCUCCCUCGUUCAUGCUCAACAUGGUGUCUUCCUGGUGGUCAGGUGACUCUGCGGAGUCUGAAGUGGAGGUCCACAAAAUACGCAUCAGAGUUGGAGAGACGCAAAAAAAGAUGGUAUUCUGCAUUAAAGAUCCUCAUGCUCUGAGCUUACAACAGGAAGUUACGUUUGUAAAAUGCAAGGACGAAUGGAGGACAACUUCAAAAAGAGUGAACCUGGGGAAGCACUGAAUGUACGGAGCAACAGACGACUGUCCUCCUUCCGCAGAAAUUAUUUAUACAGCUGUAAUUUAUUUUGUCUUUCAAACUAUACAAAGACAUUAUCACAUUGUGUCCAGAACUAGAACUGUGUGUUAUUUAAAAAUGUAUGUGAAAUAUUUUUUUGUAAGCACUGCUUUUGUGGUGCAUCAACUACGGUGUGGUGCUGAAAGAUAGUAAAUGCCAUCAUCUUUGCUGAUUUUUCUGGCAACCCCAAGAGAUGGCUCUUAUACGAAGUCUUUGGUGCCUCUGCUUGAGAGAGACCCAUUGACCAGCUGAGUAGAGGCCUUGAGGUACCUGCAGUUCAAACCCCAUGUGUUUCCUUAAUUUAUGCUUAAAGCAUUCACCAUUGUCGUCCUCAAUACUAUGUGAUUGUAGGAUCGGACUAAGUGUGCCUUAAAAUAACUUGUCUUAACCUACUGUAUGUAUUUUUUUUUGUAAAUGGUGUACUUUUUUUUUUUUUUUUUUACUUGUUCCUUUUACCUGGUCUUUGAGACUGUAAUAUUCAUGAGGUCUGAAAUGCACAUUAUUCUGAGAACUUUGAAUUUAGUCAAGCACUUGAGCAAUAAUGCAAUGGCUGCUAUUUUUAUACAGUAUAUUCAUUUGAAACCAGCAAUAGUGAGUCCUUUGCAGCAAAAUACAGUACAUAUCAGUGAGAACCAUUAUUUUUGUAGUUAUUACAAUGUUAUACAAUUAUAGCUUUUUUUUCAAUGAUUCAUAUGGAACUAUUACCUCUAGCACGUGCUUAUGUGACGUAUUUUGACUAACAUAUCCAUGGUUGCUGCUAAACUAUGACACAAAUAAUACUCAUUUAGCUGUGUAUGCCAUAUAGUUGUGACCAGGUAACUAAACUCAUAGUUGUGACCAGGUAACUAAACUCAAACAAGUCAAUGAGUGGUUAUUGUGAAGUGCGCUGACAUCGGCAAUAGAAACAUGGUAGACUGUGCACAGUGGACUCUGCAUCAUAGUUCAAGUUACAGUUAAGAAUUGGCUAGUAAUAAUAUGUCAUUGUCAGACUUAACACCACUGAGUAGGCUAUUUAUAACUAAUAUUAUACAUUUAGAGACUGGUAUUGUAAUCAUUGUGACUUGUUUAAUUUCUGCCUGUUCCAUUGAGCCUGUCAAAGUGGUGGUGGUAUAAAGCUUUUGCACUGAAACCCAGAGGAAAGGGUUACUAAACCAGUUACUCACUAAGUGCACCAUGUGUAAAUAUCAUGUUAGCAUGUGAUUCUAUGGUAAAAUAUGACUAGAUAUAUUUUUUACCGUCUUAACUUUUAAAAUUAUAUCUGUAUACUGUAAAUAUGUGACCAUAUACAUACUUUAAUAAAUUGGAACUGCUAUUUUGAA